AUGUGGGUACAUGCUACGAAAAGCCCAAACUGUCCCGCCAAAAGACGUCUUCAAACUACCGCUGAAAGCAAGAAGACCUUUGCUGCCUUGUUACUUAUUAGAAAGUGCCAACUGAACAGUUUUAGACUAUUGGAUAGGGAACCAAAACUCUCAUAUGCAUCUUGUUUACAAAAACUGAAUAUCCAUCUUCUCCUCGAACACGUCCUCCUGAACUUCCCUGGAUGUUCAUUUACUGUUGUUCAACUCAAAGCAAAUGCGACUCCACAAAUUUCGGGAUUUAAGAGAAAACAUACUACUCGCAUCCCCCCAUCAGUAGUAACACCGUUACACCACCAGUACCCUCCGGAUUUAUCGCCACCGAACUUCUUCGUUUAUCGAGAUAAUCUCUGUGCAUUGAAUCAGCAUUUAAACAGAACAUACUUUAUAUCUUGA